UUUCCUUUCUAAUAUAUCUACUUUGAUUUUUUAAAAAAAAGUGUCACUGUUAAUGUUUGACUGCAUAUUUGAGUGAAAGCCAUGCGUUACAAGCUCAAAGUUAUUCUCCUGACUCUUAUUGCAAAAGUCUUUACAAAACAAAUGCCAGGAAUCUGUUCCAAUGGUUCUCAAGGAAAUCCUAUUCAGUGUUGCCGUAAUUACAUACUUGAUGGAAAAUCCUGCAAAGAAUGUUCUCCUGGUACUUUCGGAUAUAACUGCACAGAAGACUGCCCUCCCCAAUUCUAUGGGAGAUUCUGCAGAGAGAAAUGUUCGUGUUGUCCAUGUGAUAAAAUCAAUGGAUGCUUAAAGAUGACUAAUUUCGUUCACUGGCCAACGAUUUCCAUUUCUUUAGCUGGAAGUCUUGCCAUCUGCUUUUCUUUUGGCGUGGCAAUCAUUUGCAUUUUAAGAAAAAGAAAACCAAACACUCCGGAGGGAUGUGUUGUGUCAAAAACGGAUGAAAAUGAUCUGACAGCCUCUCAAGAUAUGUAUGAUUGUCUGGCAAAGGAAUCCUAUAACGUCCUAACGCUGACGACAACGGAUAUAGAGCAGUUAUAACGUGACAUGCAUGGCUAAUGUGGGCUCGUAAACUUACAAAAUAUAAUUAGAAGAAAAUGUCACGGUCACAUUAAGAAAAUGUUACUAUGAUAACUGUUGCAUACAUUAUCGCCUGGCCUCAGUUGUAACCCUUUCGACUAUUUUAUUUUUCAGUGUUGCAAUUCCAUUGAAUUAGUUAUUGAUUCAUAAAUUAAAAACAUGGAGCGUUCAAUAGGGAUAGCCGUAAAAUUUUGAUCAUCAUUUUUAUGAAUAUUUAAUUUUGUUAGCUAUUUUUGUUGUCAGCAUUGUGUCAAUUAAACUGCGUGCAGAUUUUAUCAACAAUACAAGGAACUUCCUAGUAUCUUUUUUUAUAUAUCGUUCACUUAAUAUUUGCAUAACGCUAUUAUUACGUGUAUAUGUAAGCUUCCGGGUAUCAAAAUAGAGAAAAACACGUGUUACACCUGUUCAUAACAAUAUCCAUUCCACUAUCCGGUAAAAAAAACGAGUGAUAUCAUAUCAUACUUAAUAAUUGGGAUCGCUACAAUAUGUCAAAGUCAACGAUCAUCAUACUAAUCAUACAUAUUUUUUGCUUCUUGUAAAAAGUUCAUCACUCUUGGCGACUUGAAAGACAGAUGCCAGCUAUCAAACAAAAAAUUUAACCAAUCUCCCAUGACUUGGUAAAAGACAUUGACAGUUAGUUAAAUUCACUCUUAGUCUGUUGUAAUUGUUUUGAGCUUUCAAAGAGUAACUUUGUUUAUUUCGUAUGCUUUUUAUUUUUAUUUAUUUAGGAUGAAAUAAUGCGGUUUAAUUGGUUCCAAACAUUUUCAAAAAUCCUUUGAUUUAACCAACAUUUUCAAAAGUGUUGUACAUAUAUUACCUGUUUCGACAUCUUCAUAUAGAUGAGAAUUGUACUACUCUUUGUUAAUAAUGAAGCGCAUGUAUUUGCUAAUACGCAUAUUUUUAAUUGCUCCACCUUCGUAAACUUAUAUUAUAUAACUUUAUAUCUUAUUAAGAAAUGAAUUUAUAACAGAAACUACGAUGAAGGAAAAUAUAUAUAUUUUUUUAAGUUAAAAUACCUCUUAACCAAAUCAUAACUUUCGCCAACUUGUAUUAUUUUGGGGUUUUUUAUGUUUAAAUGGUUAAACCAUUUAAAUUUACCGAUAAGAAUUUGGAUCAGUUUAAAUGUAACAUUGGCUGAUGUAAGAAGGUUGUAUCUGUCAAUAUCUUGUAUUGUGAUGCGUGUGAUGAUAGGCACUAACAUAAGUUAAAUAAUAUGUUAAUAUCAUGUGAAUGGAAUCAUUGUUUGUCUUAAUUGUAAAAAUAUUAAAACAUCAAUGAGUUGAACCUCAUUCACUGCCUACAUUGUAUAAAAAAGAGAAUUCUUCCGAAUUUAUUGUUUAAGUGUAUUUGUAAAUGUAGUUGUUGACCAAAUAUCAAUAAUAAAGAGUUUUCUUGUU